CGCUGGUAGUGUUGCAUAGAUCGCGAGGCAACGAGCCAACGCGCAGCAUCAAUCCGCGAUCGCACACCCUUUCGUUUCGUACACCGAACUCGAUCUCCGUUUUCGCCUUCGCGAAGUUUCUCUUUCGAACCGAUCGAGUUAGAAACUCAUAGAACGAUGACGAGAGGUGAAAUCGGCGGCGCGGUGGUCGCCCUGUUGACCCUCGCGUUCCUCGGCGUUUCCGUCGCCGACAGCGGGGCCAGCACCCCUGCACCUGGAAAAGUCUUCACGAUCUGCGUGCCCGAUGUCUACUGGGAGGAAUGCAAGGAUAUGGUCGAGGACUCUGCCGUCAAUGGCAUCCCGGUUUCCUGCAUCACUGGCCGCGACCGAUUCGAAUGCAUCGAGAUGGUCGGUAAGAAGCUGGUCGACGUAGUGGCCGUCGACCCGGAGGACAUGUAUCUGGCAGCGAACAACAUGCUGGCCAAGCAAGCCAAGUACAGCGUCGUUGAACAGGUGAGAACGAAAGAGGAGCCUGAAGCGAUCUAUCGAUACGAAGCCGUGGCCGUGAUCCACAAGGACCUGGAUAUAAGCAACGUGCAAGGAUUGCGCGGCCUGAAGUCCUGCCACACCGGAGUCGGUCGCAACGUCGGCUACAAGAUUCCAAUCACCAAACUAACCGCCAUGGGUGUCCUACAGAACAUCCACGACCCACAGUAUUCGGCUCGCGAAAACGAACUUCGCGCCUUCAGCUCGCUCUUCUCGAAGGGAUGCUUGGUGGGCACAUGGUCGCCGGAUCCGGCCAUCAAUCGACGACUGAAGGAAACGUAUUCGAACAUGUGCGCACUCUGCGAGAAACCAGAAAUCUGCGACUACCCCGACAUUUACUCCGGCUACGAGGGCGCGUUGCGCUGUCUCGCUCACAACGGCGGUGAGGUGGCCUGGACCAAGGUGAUUUACGUGAAACGAUUCUUCGGGUUGCCCGUCGGCGUGACCCCCGCAGUUCCAACGUCGGAGAAUCCCGCCGAAUUCCGAUACUUCUGUCCUGACGGCAGUAAAGUGCCUAUCAACGCCGACACGAAACCGUGCACCUGGGCAGCCAGACCUUGGCAAGGAUACAUGACCAACGGUGACACGGCCGGCAACGUGAAAGCGUUGCAAAAUGAACUGACCGAUCUCGGUAAACUGGGAGAACAGGAGAAUGCCGAUUGGUGGAAGAACAUCAUGAUGCUGGAGAAGAAGACCGUUGCCGUUCCGGCGCCGCCAAUUCUGCCCGAGAACCAUCUGAAGGCCUCCAAGUACUUGGACGUGAUCGAAAGGGAUUCCGGGGCCGUGGGCAAGAUUGCUCGUUGGUGCGUGUGGAGCGACAGCGCGCUGGACAAAUGCCGAUCUCUUGCGCGAGCAGCGUUCUCCAGGGAAGUCCGGCCGAAGUUUGAAUGCUCGAAAAUGGGAACGGAUCAGAACUCGUGCUUGAACGCUCUGAAGGAAGGCAAGACGGAUCUAGUGGUUGUCGACGGAGGCUCGGUGCUUCAAGCGAUGCGAGAGUCCCACGGCUCGCCGAUCGUCGCCGAAUCCUACGGAUCGGGAUCCAGCAAGCUGGGCGAGAGAGCUGCGGUCGCGGUGGUCAAGAAGUCUUCUUCUAUCAACGGGCUGGCCGAUCUGCGCGGUAAACGUUCCUGCCACAGCGGCUUCAAGGGUAACUUCGCCGGUUGGACAGUGCCGAUCCAGGUGCUCAAGGACAAGGGCCUGAUAAAAUCCGAGGACGACGUGGUCGACUUCUUCGCGGGAUCCUGUGCACCUGGCGCGAAACCUGGCUCGAAGCUGUGUCAGCAGUGCGUCGGCAGCAUCGCGGCCAACGACGAUCGAGUGCGGGAAGCGACCAAGUGCGCGCCAACCGCGGCCGAAGCUUACCGAGGCGGAGCCGGAGCCCUCGCGUGCUUGACGGCCGACAAGGGAGACGUGGCCUUCUUGUCGUUGACGGCGUUGUCGCAGCUCGACGAGAAGGAGAAAGAAGACACGAAGACGGACGCUGAUCGACAAGGGUCUAAGACCGCGGACUUCGAGCUGCUGUGCCCGCAAGGUGGACGCGCGCCCAUCGACGAUUGGGCACGAUGCAAUUUGGCCAUCGAGCCACCCCGUGUCAUACUGAGUUCCGCCGAUAAAUCCGCCAACGCCCUCGAGGAAUUGACGCACGCGACGCUGGCCGCGAGCAGCCUCUACUCGAAGCGACCGGAUCUAUUGCAACUGUUCGGCGCUUGGGGAGGCGUGAGCAACGCGUGGUUCAAGGACGACGCGAAGGGCCUGAUCUCGGUGGACAAGUCCUGGGACAAGUGGACCGAUUGGCAGAACACGCAGCAAAAAUUCGGCAUGGCUUAAGACUUUGAAAGCCUUGGCCGAACCUAACUCGCGCGAACGAGCGCGCUUCCGACGGAUGUCGCGAACGCAAAAUAAAACAAAGCAUUGGAAUUUCCAACAACCAA